GGUUACAUCAAUUUCUUCGUGAGGUUAUUUACGAGCGCGUGAGUUAUUACCAGUAAUUAUAUUAUCCUCCAAUGUGGGGACUGCAGUAUACGGGAGCUACGGAUAGCAUUGUGUAUCAAGGUUAGAAGGGAUGGGUCCCCAAGCAGGUGGUCAAUUGCCGACGGUUUUCCUUGAUGUGUGACUCUCGAAUUUACCAGCUGAGAAACAGUUACAAGUUAUGCACAACCACAACGGGGAGUAAAUUAAACCCUCGGGAUAAUGGUUGAGCCGGGUAGCACUCAGUGAAAAGAAGAUCUGAAAAGCAGGAUUUCUGCUCCGUGGAGCAAUCGAACUGAGGUAAUGUUCGCCUUUUCGACAACAGUCUUCGAUCUCGAAAUUUUCACUGAAGUUGACUGUCUCAUAAUUCUUCCACCACGAAAAUUUAUUACAUUCCGGUUGAAAUAUGAAAAAAUUAUAAAUCCCACAAGUGAGACAGAUUAGUCCCUUGCUACAUAUCGUAACAGUGCCCUCAUUCGAUCAAAGUACCUCCGAAUUUGUCAACGAGAAGUGUCAGUUAGCGCCCUCACUUGUUAGAAAUAUCACGCGGUGUGGCCUACGAAGAAAACAUAUUAAAUAUGCAUAACGCAAAAAGAUGACUCCUUAAAAUUCAUGAAGAAAAUACGGGAGGAUGAGAAAGAGAUAAAGACACGAUAACGGUCCGAGGAAGAAGAGCCAAUUUGGAAAUCCAAGGCAAACAGAUCUCAUUGAAGCUUAUUCAGUGUUGGUAAUUUGUGCAAUGCGAUGGUGUCAUGCAAUUUGAGGUUCUAUGUCCCACUACCAUUUAAAAAUGUGGCUCAAACCAUUCAAAUAUAAUAAAUAACAAAUUUACAUUUUACAUUAACCUAAGUUGACAUUAAGCUUUAAGUUAAAUAGUUUCUUCAGCUAAGUCGCUCAAAAAAAAUUGUACCCUGUCGGAAUGGAAAGUAUGCCACUGUGGCCAUGGGAUGUCACAUAGACAUACGCACGUCUGGGCGACGUGACCAUCAACACCUGCUCUUCAUACCGAUGUUAAGGGCACCAGAGAGAGCAGGAAACCCGUAGCAAACAUCAAGAUGGUGCCCAUGGCAACUGUAUUAGUUACAAUUUCCAUGGAAAUUACAUAAAAAAAACGGGGGAUUAUAUUUCGUAAUUUAGUGUGACAAACGGAUAAAGGCGACCAAAAUAUUACUUUCUUAACUUUAAAUAAUUCGUAAAAAGGGGAAAUACUUUUCAUAAUAGUGAUAAUACCUCGACAAAUAAGAUAAUCAUCAAAUAACGAUAUACUCUCACUCCAAAUACAAAUCUUCGUCCAUUUUCUUCAAAGGACAACCGACUACGAAUAAUAAUAAUCCGGGACAGGAUUAAAUUUCAUUCGUCAUAAUUCACAGUCCGUAUUGUAGCUUUGAAAUAAAUCCUUGUCAGAGGUACGAGAUCAAGAGCCGACUUUCCUCAGACGUCUGCCUGCAAUUUCCCCGGGCAGUCUUCUCAGGUACGCGUGCUGGCAUUGUCUUUCUCCAUGGCCCCUGUCAAAAAGCAUGAGGUAUAGUGUGCCCGAGGGAGUUCAAUGGCUCUUCAAGAACAGAUCAAAAUCAACCUGCAUCCAGCCAGCUCGAACCCAGAACACCGCGUGCACUUUAGCUAGGCCAGGGCCGAUCGAGGACGCGUCAGCGCACAAAACAGCCCGUCAAUGGAAGUGGGACGCGUGCACAGUGUGUCCAAGGCGUGAGUUCUGUGUGCUGUCGUAGACAGACAAAACGUACGGUUAGCUCGUAAGGAAAGCUAGGGUGCGUAGAUAGAAAAUCAGGGACGUGAGAUCGACGUGUUCAACAGAACAGAUUGCGGCGAGAGACAGCGUUCCCGAGCAGAGCUCACGUAUAAUGAACCGUCAGUAACUUCGUUUCCCGCCAAAUAUUAACGGCAUUUGUCACCUUGGAGUGUUGUUUUUCUGUCCCUGCUGACAAGUCACAUCGUCGGUCGUGAGGAAGGUAGAGUGGCCAGAACCCCAGAACAUUGCUGAUAAACAUCAUCGUAAAUUUUGCAACCAUCUGGGGGAAAACCUUGCCGCCUAAAUGGUGGACAUCUUCACGGUGGACUGAGAAUUAUUUGGCAGUGCCUGAUCAUCCAAUGGGUGUACGCUAGUUACGACGAACGGGGACCAGCCACAAUUAUCGCAUGUGCCUUGCGCGGCAACCAGGGACCAUGGCCCACUCCAAAGGUCCGCCAACGCCGCUCUCAAAGCAGGACUCUUCGUCCUCUGACAUCAAGACUAGCCAGACAACUACCACGACGACCCCUGCCCUCGCUGACCUUGAUCUUUCACAUUUGACCCCGGAAGAAAUUGGUGCUAUUCAGAAGGUGCUAAAGAAACAAGAGUCUUUUGAGCGACAAGCAAAGCUCAGAGCGGACCAAAUCGAGAAGGCCAUUCGUCGAUAUGAGGCCACCUUAGCAGCCCGGGAAUCACACCCACCCAGGUCAAAGGACGACGAUCUACGCAUGUGCAGACUAUGUUUCGUCAGGAAGUUCACAGAUGGUCUUGGUAACACGUGCGGGGAUUGCCUACACCGGGUGUGUACCAACUGCUCCACGCAGGUGGUUGAAGGCGGCGGGACGAGCCCGACACCAAAACACAGAUUUAAACAUAAAAAGCGCUGGCGCUGUAACUUAUGCAAGCUUCAACGGGAGUACCUGUGCGUGACGGGCCGCUGGUAUUACCAAGACGAUGCGAGCAGAGGACUUGAACAGCCGUCCCGGAACAUGUCCAUACCGAGUAUGGAGAGGCAAAGCCCCGGUAGCACUCCACCAAGGAGACGGGUAGUACGCAGCGCUCAGUCCGAUUUGGAGGAGAGAUUUGUGCAUCGUAAGGUGGAGGCCAUCAAACGCAACUCGUGGGACUCAGGCAAGCAUUACAAAUCAGACACCGAGGCUUCAUCGUCCACCUGUCUGCGCCAAUCCCUCCCUCGUGAAUCAGUCAACGGUAAGAAGUCCGUGACGCGGCGUCGGCGGCGCUCUUCCCAGCUCCGGCAGAUCUCCUGUGACUCACCCGGUGAGAACCUGACUCAGGAAUCGGAUGAAGGCGAGUGGAUGAGUCGCGCCCUCGCGCGUCGGGCUUCGCAUAGGCGGCCUCUGAGGCGACGGAGGUACGGAGUAACUGAGGCAACCGAUAAAAGUCCUGAAGGAUCUCAAACUAUGAAGUCCCCUGGAAAACAAGCAAGCGGUAGCGAAGAUGAGCGGCCAAUGUCUGUAGCAGAAGCCGAGCGUUCACCGUCAAACCGACGCCGAAGCCGGCCUUCGAUUCACGGCAGGCGGUCUCCCUCCGGCGCCGUAGCCUCGAAAGAACCGCCACCUGAAGGACAACAGGUUGCUACCGCGGCUCAUGAGAGAGCUAAGGAGGCCAGAGGGAAGUACAAGCGGACAGGGAGUGUGAGGGCAGACUUCAUGGGGAAGUUUGGUCAACGGGCCAUGGAGAGGUUCAGACGCCGCUCACGCUCAGAGAGUGAAUUGAACAUUCCAGAACAACCACCGCAAGAAACAACGAUAUAUGUGCGAGAUGACUCAGAAGAAGUUACCAUCCAAAAAGAUCCACAAGACACAUCAUGUAAAACCCGAGGUUUUGGACUUGAAGUAGUGGGAGGACGACAGGAUUCUGACGGCUGGCUGCGCGCGUUUGUCACUAGGGUGGUCGUCGAUGGACCCGCUGACAAAGUGGAUGUACAUAAAGGUGACGAAAUACUGGAAUGGAAUGGUCAGUCCCUGGAGAACAAAACUUUCGAACAAGUCCGACAGGUACUGGACCAGCCGUGUGGCGAGGAGUUGACGCUAAGAAUCGUACGCUAUCAGGCGCAUAGAGGCACCGACACUCUCACUACCAAACGCGGUAGCUCCGUAUCCAUCGAGUCAGAGGUAUAUCACAGACGGAAAAAGAUAUCUGUUGACAUGCGGAAUAGUAUCAACACAGAACAAUACCGAGAAAUGUUCACACCAGCCCCCGAAGAUACGACCACCACAGCGGCAACUCAGAGGGCUAGCAGCCGGCGAAGACUUCCUGUGCCACCGGUAAGUAAUUUGUCUCUAAGAAUGAGUAAUUCUGUCCUAGAACGGUUCUGGUGUGAUGAUCAUAUCCUCCGCUUGCAGCAGUGCUACUAUAACCAAAGGUUUUAA